GAAAAGACAGCCAAGGCGUCCAAGUGUGUAGGGCACAAGGCAACAUGCUCUAUGGACGUGCGAACAAAUGCAAGCGGUAGCCAAUGGAGCUAGUCACUGGUCGCUCAGCAAGCAACAGAGACACAUCGAAGCAAUCAAAGCCAUAAAAGCGUGAAGCAAAGUCGUACAAUUAAUUAAAAUGCAUAAAACUCCAAUACACCAGAAGCGUCGCGUAUGCGUGAUAGGAGCUGGCACGGCGGGAUUAUGCGCCCUGAAGAACUCCCUGCAGGAAGGUCUGGAGGCGGUGGCCUAUGAGCGGGGCAGCGAGGUGGGUGGCACUUGGAUAUUCUCCGAGGAGAUGCCCAAGAAUAAGUAUGAUGAGGUGCACAGCAGCAUGUACCAGGGAUUGCGCACAAAUUUACCCAAGGAAGUAAUGGGAUAUCCUGAUUAUCACUAUCCCACUGAGAUCGAGGAAUCGUUCAUCACAUCACACCAAGUGCUUAACUUUCUGCGCUCCUAUGCCGAUCACUUCAAGCUGCAUCCACAUAUCAAGCUGCAGCACGAGGUCAUCAGAGUGCGACCCCGCCAAAAUGAUUGGGAGGUCUAUGUUUGGGAUCACAACAACAACACCUGCGAUCCGGUUUAUUACGAUUUCGUCUACGUCUGCAAUGGUCACUAUACGGAACCGGAUAUGCCCAAAAUCGAGGGAAUGCAGCUAUACGAGGGACAACAAAUGCACAGCCAUUUGUACCGCAGAGCAGAUAAAUUCAAAGAUCAGAGCGUUUUGGUGAUUGGCGCCGGUCCCAGUGGCAUGGACAUAACGAAUCACAUUCGCCAGGCAGCCCGACAUGUGUAUUUGAGCCAUCACUUGGCGACCACGCCCAACACCGCCUUCAUGGGCAAUGUGACUCAGAAGCCGGAUGUGGAGAGAUUCACCAAAGAUGGUGCUGUGUUUAAGGAUGGCAGCAGCGAGUCUUUUGACCAUGUGAUGUAUUGCACUGGCUAUCAAUAUAGUUUCCCAUGUCUGAGCACCGAUGUGGGCAUCCAGGUGAUCGAUAACUUUGUGCAGCCACUGUGGAAGCACUGCAUCAACAUUAACCAUCCAACGAUGUCAUUCAUUGGACUGCCGUUCAAUGUGAUACCCACACACAUCUUUGACAUGCAGGUGCGUUUCACCCUCAAGUUCUAUACGGGUCAGCGGGAACUGCCCAACAAGGAGGAGAUGUUAGCCGAACUGGAAAAGGAGCAGGGCGAGCGUUGGGACUGUGGCUUCUACAAUCGCAAGAAAGCGCAUCAAAUGGGCGAGCGACAGUUUGUUUACUACAAUGAACUGGCGAGAAUGGCGGGCAUUGACAACAUUAAGCCAGUUAUUUUGAAGCUGAUGAAGGAUUGCGGCAAGAAGUACAUAUUUGAGCUGGAUACGUAUCGCAAUAAUCGCUACAGAAUUGUUGACGAUGAAAACUUUCUCAAAAAUCCACUGUGAAAGUACGUGUGUGUACUUUACAUUUACUCUUUUUUAGGUGCAUUAAUACUCUUUAAAUAAAUAUAC